CAGGAUUGCUAUUUGUUGGAAUGUCACUGCGACAUGGCGAGUAUCGCGGCACUGUUCGGCAGAAAUACUCACCCCAGGCCUCAACUGGUGCGUUGACCGGAUUUUGCGUCUCCAUACUCCCAGCGCCUCUUCUGUGUGAGGCACCAAUUGUCCGUUUCGAAACCUUAAGCAAGCACCCACCGUUUGGUAUAAUAUCUCUGGUUAGGACAAAAACCUUUAAUCCUGAGCUUCCGUUGUCGCAUCCUGCCUUGUGGAACAGACCUCUUGCAUCGAAUCCACGACAUCAAAGCCCUCUCCUCCCACACCUUCAAUAAGUCACACGGAAUUGGCGUGUGUACUCAAAUAGACAACAAUUACCACCGAGAAUUCUUUGACUGUUAGCUGCGUCCGCAGCCACGCAGCCUCAUCGGAGCUUCCGCAGCUCCACCAACACCAACGGCAGCUGCAGCACCCAACAUGUGCGAAAUCCAAGAACGCCACGACAAGCGAUGUGGCCACCUCGUCGAGAUGUCCUAUGAGUCCUGCGAAGAUGCAUGCGGCAACUGGGAGGUCUUCAACUGGCACACACACCUCGUUCGCUGCGGGAUGUCCCGGUGCGUGGAGCUCCGCAGGCAAAUGAGGAGGUUCCAGAGAACACAGCGACGGAUGGCGAUCAAUCAGUUUCCUUCCUCGCCCAGGGCUCAAGAGUUGCGAUCUGAUGACACGAAGAUGGAGGACAAGGAGGAGCCCCAAGUCGAGCAUAAAGAAAAAAGUAUGCCAACGCCAAAAUCCGCGACUGCGACCGAGAACCAGGAGAAGAGGAGGGACUUUUGGGGUGUUAUAUAAGAACCGUUUCUCUUGGUUUUCUUGACGUUUUUUGUGUUUUGUUGUUCUCUUCUGUGUGGAAACAGAUGCUUAUUAGUUCUUAGUUCACGCAGAUGUACGAGCAUGGAACUUCGAGAAGAUAAACGUCGACUAGUACAACAUCAGUUUGUAGCAUGAAAUGGCUUGGAAACGAGGGGUUUUGUCAUGAACACUGACAUGUAGUUGAUUGAACUGGUGUAGGUGAAUAGUUACAGAUGGGCGUGCCCGAGAGUCUUCAGUUAGUGGCAUAAUGAUAUUGGAGCAUUGCCUUUCUUUUUGGGUACAUAA